AUGGUAAUUAAUUUGGACUCCCCCCCAGCGGACGCGGAGAGGAGUGCGGCUGCGGCGCCUGCCCUUGAGGGCGGACAAACAUUGGGUGUUGCCCUGGUUGGCUCAGGUCGUAAUGAUACCGUCGCUUCGGCGACUCAAUCGGGGGUUCCCAUCGCUGAGACAGGAGGUAGUUCCUCAACGGCUGCUAAUGUGGGGGAGGCAAGCGCUCCUUCGGCGGCUGCGGCGGAUGCUGUAGGGGCUAAUUCCAAUUUUCCGAAGAAGGAGGAGCACUUGAUUACCUUCCGUAGUAUGGUGACUAAGACUCGGAUAGAUUACUUGCUCUUUAAGAAAGGUGAUAGAGGUCUAUGUAAGGAAUGCAAGGCUAUUCCCAGUGAAAAUAUUUAUACGAUCCAACCCAAGCUCUUGGCUAUGUACGUAUUGAUUAAGAGGAAGAAGCAGAAGAGAGCUAUGUAUGGCCAACCAAGGAUCAAAUGGAAUGGCUUGAGUGAGUUCAAGUCUAAAGGAGAUGUGGGAGAAGUUAAAGGCAGUGGGGGCUUAGGGUAG